AUGAGUUCCUCCGACCACGACCACGACAACCCGAAGCUCCCUCACGACGCUGUCGUCGAGAUCUUGAAGCGAUUGCCGGCGGGAUCUCUCCUCCGAUUCAGGGGCGUCUGCCGGUCAUGGCGUUCCACCAUUGACGACCCUCGUUUUGUGGCCCUCCACCUGAACCACUUCGCUCUCGACGCCUCCAAUCGAUAUCUCGUGUGUGUAGAACGAAAGCGCAAGGCGAUUCCACCAUCUGGUGAGGAGAGAAAAUUUCUUACUUCUAUCGCAGAUAUUUCUCAUAUAGCUGUAGGGUUUGGCUUCGGCGCUAGGUCUAGUGACUAUAAGAUUGUGAGGAUUUAUCCACGUUGGAAAAACCCUCGAGUUGAGAUUUAUUCCCUCGGUACAGAUUCCUGGAGAAGUUUAGAGUGUGAGAUUCCUCAUAUCAGAGGCUCCAGACUCGCGGUCUUUUUGAAUGGGAAUCUACAUUGGUUUGCUUCGGAGUUCGGUUAUCCGUCAUUUGAGGGAUACAAACAGAUAGUCUCCUUUGAUGUUUCGGGUGAGGUGUUUGAUAAAAUGACUCUUCCAGAAGAGAUUUGUUGUGUUUUCAGUGUUGGUUUAGUGUCUCUAGCCGUGUUGAAUGACUUGCUGGCUGUGCUCAUUAGCCGUCUGGGGGCAGGUGGGCAUCAUUCCGUUUGUUCUGUUUGGGUUAUGAGAGACUAUGGGAUGCCUGAGUCUUGGACUAAUCUGUAUACUUUCGAGGUUAGUGGAAAUAUGAAAAGAUUUGAUGGCUUCACCUUGAAUGGUGAGCUUUUGAUGGAGAUAUAUGCUGGAAAACAAGUUUCUCGGAAUUUGAUCACAGGACAUGAAACAAAUUUUCAAUCAUCGAUCGGAUGCGAUUUGGUCACUGUUUCAGACAGCCUCAUUUUGCUUUAG